AUGGGCAGCACGUGCCUAAGCGGGUCAGUUGACGGAGUGCUCUCGCUCGGCAACUUGAUACUGCCUGCAGACGGCUCUCCUCUCCUUAGCUUUCUCUCGCGCCGUACAUGUACUCGCUCAUCGCUUCGCUGCACGGUGUCAGGCACAACGCUGUCCGACGCCAACGUCGCCGACCGGGACCGCCUCAUCCUCACCACGAUUGCGUCGCCGACAGCGCUUGGCAAGGCUCUCGCCGCGCUCGGGUCUGCCUCUGCUACGCUCGAGCGGUUUGAGGCGGCGGUUGCUGCUGGCGACGCGCCGCACGAGGAGGAGCUCACGCGCCUGUUUGAGCUUGUCGACGCGGCGCCUCUCGACGGGCUGAGCGAGGCGCAGCGGGGGGAGUGCCGGAGACGCCGAAAGGCGAUCGUGGCCCGGUUGGAGGCACUGACCGGCUGGCUGCUGUGCGGCCGGCCUUGCCUAGGCAGGAGCAGGGAGUAA